UGACUGCUGCUGAUCCUCCUGCCGCCUCUUCACUCACUGACUGACUGCCUGCCUGGGCGAGACGGGGAACGCAGCCGGUAACUGAGAGGAUUAAACCAAACUUUGUCCUUAUUUUUCAUCCCAGCCAAUUCAUCUCCGCCAUGAAGGAAAGAAGACUCACGCAGCCAUUCGUAGCGAGGAGUAAACUAGUGCUGGUCGGGGACGUCCAAUGCGGUAAAACAGCGAUGUUACAAGUGCUGGCGAAGGAUUGCUACCCGGAGACGUACGUCCCCACUGUGUUUGAGAACUACACAGCCUGUCUGGAGCUUGAAGACCAGCGUGUUGAGCUCAGCCUUUGGGACACAUCAGGUUCUCCAUACUACGACAACGUCAGACCCCUCUGCUACAGCGACUCAGAUGCAGUGCUCCUAUGCUUUGACAUCAGCCGACCAGACACAGUAGACAGUGCGCUGAAGAAGUGGAAAGCAGAGAUCCAGGACUUCUGUCCCAGCACGCGGAUCCUACUAAUAGGCUGCAAGACAGACCUGCGCACAGACGUCUGCACGCGCAUGGAGCUGUCCAGUCAGAAACAGACACCCAUCUCCCAUGAACAGGGUUCCUCCAUGGCCAAGCAGCUCGGGGCGGAGGCUUACCUGGAGUGCUCCGCCUUCACCUCAGAGAAGAGCAUCCACAGUGUUUUCCGUACUGCUGCUCUGGCCUGCAUGAACAAACUCCAACCUGCCGAUAAAGCCAGCCCUGUUCGCCGUCUCUCCAAAAGACUCCUGCACCUGCCCAGCAAGACAGAGCUCCUCUCCUCCACCUUCAGCAAGGACAAGUCCAAGAGCUGCUCCAUCAUGUGAAUACUGCAGAGGCCAUGAUGGGGGAGAAAAAAAAAAUGAAAGCAAGGGCAAGCAGUCUGCAGAUGCUUCAGCGGGGGUCCAGGGUGUGCAAAGGAAAGAGAGCAAUGAUGUGGAUUUCUGGAGAGCCUCUCUCUCCUUUGCAGCAUCCUUCCCAAAGCUCCCUGUCAACCGCUUCAACUGCUACGCUCUCUAUAUUCAAGUCUGACACUGAACCUUUGAUCACCAGCACGCAGUGCAGAGAGUGAAAACAAAGUUUGGUGUUGAGAAUAUUUCUGAUCAUUUAAAUCCGCCUGUACAAAGAGAGCAUAACGGGAACUUUAAGGUGCAGAUCUGCGAUUCCUCGCAUAAAGGUUGCUGUGAGACAUAGCUUAAACAAGGUUCCCCUUUUCCACUGGGGAAGUGGUUGUAAACACAGCAUUUCACUGCAUUAUCCUGAUGAGACCCAUUUGAAAUUCUGAUAGCGGCGCCCCUCCAUAUCUUUAUCUGAAUGUCUCUUUAAGGUCACGAUACGGCGUGAGUGCCGAGAUCAAAUGUAAAAUCUGACAGUGACAGGAAGUGGUAUCUACAGAAAUGCGGUUCGGGGAAUUUAAAACAGCGGCCCUUGAAGACAUUAUUUCCCUGCUGACCCACUCACAGUAUUUCAUUUGGAAAUUAAAGCUGACAGCGGAGGGGAAAAAAAGGGAGUCAAGGGAGGGAUUUGGCAAGCAAGACGGUUCAUUUGCAAAGGCGGAGGGAGGACGAACUGAGAGCACAUCUGAAGGAGCACAAUGUGACUCAGCACUCACAUGAACCACGACACAGUCUAGGGUGGACGUGUUGUGACAAACACAAACACAAAAGCCCAGGCCAUGCAAAGACUGUCUGAGCAUGAUUUUGUCAGAUCCCCUUUCAUCAGUCAGAACCAGAGCAGUCCUAAUUGUUAUUAACCAUUAGUGAUGUUACAUUAAUGAUGCAUCAUCUCACUGUUCCCUGCAACUUAAAAAGCUGCUUAAUGGAUACCAGGUUUGAUACAUGUCGCAGAAACAAAAAGUCCUGGUCUUUAAAAGAUGUAACAACGAUGUCUUGCUGCACAAGCCAAACUGGGUGGAUGUAAUUUAAUGUACCAAAUGGAGUCUUAGAAAUCUUUUUGUUUUGGAUCCUCUGUGUCAUGGAUAAUAAAAGAGAAAUAGUCCUCAACUUUGAAAUUAGGACGAUAAAUGUGUGAUGCUGGCCGGCUCACCGUGUUCCAACAAGCUCCAGGUGCUAGGUUUAGCUACAUCGUUCAUUGUUAGUGGUUAUCUAAGAUGCCCCUGAAGACAUUUCCAGCCUGAAUAGCUGCGUUAACACUCGAUGACCAUGAGACGAUAGGUGAGAAGGGGGUGAAUCACACAAACAGGCUGGUCCUGUCUGGAGAAAGAGAUUUUUUUGUUCCUUCCUCUUUCUAUGCUUUAAAUACAUUCCGGAUUUUAUUUUCCAACUUCCCUCAAAGCUGUAUAAAUAGAUUUUGUUUUUUUUUUUCUGGAUGUUUCUACUCGCUUGUGGCUGCCUUUCGGUGUGUUUUUCGUAGCUGUGGAUGUUGUUCUUGUAUUCACUCGAGUCUUCUGGCAUUAGCAGCUGUUGACAGCUCAGCUAAUGGAGGACUUGAUGAUUAGUAGGUCUGCACCGAGAAGCCCGAGAAGAUCUCUGGAUGUACAGAACACUGGAAUUUUAUGCGUUGCCUAGCAACAGUGUGAGCAGGGGCAGGCCUGAGUGGGGCUCCUGCCUCACGGAGAGAGGGAGGGACGGUUCUCCGAGAGGGCGCCUCACCUUGUAUUUGUAGCAUUAGACAGAAGCCACUGCGGAGGUGACGGCUGGACAUUUCAGGGAGCAGAGGACUGCUAAUGAUCCCUACGUGGUUUUAAAGACCCCACGCUGGUAGCAGCCACGAGUGGGUUGUUGGCAACGGCAUUACAACUAAACAAAAAAGAAAAAAAUGUCUUCUGUAGCUCUGCUUCAGUCACUAUUUUUUCUUUUCUCACUCCUGUCUAGGGCGUAUCCUAAACAAGGUCCUUUUGGUUCAGUGCACAGCUCUCAUUUCAAAGUUUCUCUCUUGCUCGUUUUUUACAGACAGGCUUAUGUUGCUGUACAUAUCAUUCCUCAUAAACCCCAAAAGAAUGUUACUGAAGCAAAACGAAAUGUUGUCAAAUGUGUCAAGUCGCCUGUUACGGCUUAAAUUAUUGACUGAAUUCUGUAUUUGUUAUUGUCAUAUGCUACUUUCUUUAAAUCUUUAUUUAAAUAAAUAUGUCUGAAGUUCA